CUUUCGAUCUGAUUUACCUUUCGACAUUUCCGAUGCCCGCACGCUUUCUAGUCUAUAGCUCCCUCCCAACUCCUACUUAUUAAACACGCACACACACUCUCAUCGUUCUCUUCACCAUUUUGCUCUCAGCAUUGGCGCUUUCUCUCGCAAAAAGGUCUCUGUUCUCCACUGUGAGAUUUCAUUUAUUGGAGAUGGCAACAACAGCCUCUUCCAGCCUGCAAAUUGCAGCGGCAAGACCAUGCAUUUCUUCUUCUCGCAGACUUUUCAAGGCAGGUGCUGCAAUUCUUGGUGGUAAUUCCAAGGCAGCCACGUGGAAUAAGCUUACAAGUGCAUGUCAUAUAUCGUCUGUACAACCUUUCCAGCGGAGCUUUACAUCAUCUUCUAUUAAAUUCAAUAAGGUUGCUACAAAAGCAAUGUCUAAUACUAGUGAAAACAAGCCUGUCUCAGGGUUGCCAAUUGAUUUGAGAGGUAAGAGGGCGUUUAUUGCUGGUGUAGCUGAUGACCAUGGAUAUGGUUGGGCAAUAGCGAAAUCCCUUGCUGCUGCAGGUGCUGAAAUUCUCGUGGGCACAUGGGUGCCUGCUUUGAACAUUUUUGAAUCCAGCCUGCGACGUGGAAAGUUUGACGAAUCACGUGUGUUACCAGAUGGCUCUUUGAUGGAGAUUACUAAAGUAUAUCCUUUAGAUGCAGUCUUUGACAACCCUGAGGAUGUACCCGAAGAUAUAAAAACCAACAAGCGUUAUGCAGGAUCUAGUAAUUGGACUGUUCAGGAAGCCGCUGAAUCUGUGAAGAAGGACUUUGGCAGCAUUGACAUCCUUGUUCACUCACUUGCAAAUGGACCAGAGGUCACUAAACCUCUGUUGGAGACAUCCCGGAAAGGAUAUCUUGCAGCUCUAUCGGCAUCAAGUUACUCCUAUGUUUCUUUACUCAAGCACUUCAUUCCAAUAAUGAAUCCAGGUGGUUCUUCAAUUUCUCUUACAUAUAUUGCAUCCGAGAGGAUCAUUCCUGGAUAUGGUGGAGGUAUGAGUUCUGCAAAAGCUGCUCUGGAGAGUGACACUCGAGUGCUUGCUUUUGAAGCGGGUAGAAAACACAAAAUCAGAGUCAACAGCAUAUCUGCUGGUCCACUGAGGAGCCGUGCUGCAAAAGCAAUUGGAUUUAUUGACAUGAUGAUUGACUAUUCAUUAGUCAAUGCACCUCUGCAAAAAGAACUAUCUGCAGAGGAAGUGGGGAACACGGCCGCCUUUCUAGCGUCACCUUUGGCUUCUGCUAUCACCGGUGCAGUUAUAUACGUUGACAAUGGCCUUAACGCGAUGGGUGUCGGAGUUGACAGCCCAAUAUUUAAGGAUCUCGACAUUCCAAAAGCUGAGCACUAGGGUUAACCAGAAACUGGUCAACUGUUAGCCGGACUCUUACUUAGGCUGUCAUGCAGCUAGUUUUCUAUUUGGCUUCAAGCUAGGAUGGCUUGGCCAGCGGCCCGUUUUGUUGUGAGAAUUUUUCUUUCCCUUUCUUUAGAGACUGCAAUGUUUACUGAUUAUUCCGAAUCCGAAUGAUUUUAAAUUUAAAUAUCUGUGCUCAUAGAUGUUUCUGCAAA